GUAUAUGUAGGCUACCUCUUACGACAAUCUAUGACGUAUCAUCCAGUGCCCAUCCCCAUGCAUGCAGGGGAAAUCCCGCACCAGGCCCCAGUGGCACUGGUUGGGUGAGCGACGCAAUGCGCAUCACCGCUAGCACAGAGAGUCGUGUUUGUACGACUCCCUGCCUUGCACGCACCGGUCCCUUUCCGAGCUUCGCAUUCGUUUCUUCUCUGUUACUGUGCUAGCUAGCUGUCCUCCUCCUUGACAUGCUAGUGACGUCAUGUCAUUGAGUGGGAGCAAAGCUGACGACAAGGACUUUGAAAGUGGAGAGUGAUACCAAAAUGGGCCAGGCCCUGGUCUAGGAACGUGAUUUUGUACUCAGCCAGCACUGCAGCAGCCAUUGUAGUCUCAGUGUGUCACAAGAACCACGCCGCACCAUGAUAAUGAUGACUGAUGUAGCAUGAGGUGGUGGAGCUCUUCACUUCACUUCAGACAUCAGUCGUGACUAAAACUUACUUACGUCUAAUCUUUGCAAGCAGCGCUGACAGUACUACUACUACGCUAGCGCUACGUAGUCUGCUGUGCAUGUACAUCCACCGCGCUUGGCCACUGGCACUGGCAUGCACUGGCAUGUACUGACUGGUCGGCUCGGGUACACAAGCUGGUGGCGAGUCUUCAUCCCCGAUUCAGCUGCGUGCAGCCCCUGCGUGGAUAUCGCAUGCCUUGCAACAGUCAGAAGUUCCAGAACACGUCCAUGCUGACUCGACUGGACCGUCCGUGGAGUGCAUUGCACUUGCAGUUUGCAAUGACUCAUGAGUGCUAGUGCCGUAGAUCUACGUAGACUAGUACUACAGUUUGCUGACCGUGAGUGGCGUGGGUCCAACAAAAUCAAGGCGUUUUUCUCUGGCCGAAUGCAUGGAAAUGCAAGUGGCUACCGCUUUCCCAAUCCUCUACGCAGGCCCUCCACUAAUUUGGCUCCGGUCUUUUCUAGUAGUACUAGUACCAUGAAAGCGUCACCUGCUUCACUGGUAGUACGUGUAGAAGAACUGCCGUUGCUUUGCAGAAUCACAGGACCAACAAGGAACUCGCGCUAGCAGCGCCUGUAGUGUUCUUGUGGUAAACGAAGCUGAUAUUGAUUGUGUUCAUUGUUCGAUUCCGUUCUGUUUGGGCAAUCCUAAGACUCAGUGCGAUCGCGACGAGACCUGUGAACUUGGACUCGUUCAAAUUUUCGCUGAACUCCAACGUAAGAACUAAGAUGGAGAACGAACAACAUAUGCCCCCGAAGAAACGCGCUCGGAAUAGGGUUUCUGCUGCGAAAGCUGCCACCGCUCAAACUAAGGCUCCUGAAGCGGCGGCAGUGUCGAACGAUGGAGAUUUGCCAAAGACUGCUGGGCACGGAGACCUGUCUCGUUUGUCAUUCCUGGUGCAUGCUGCCGAGGAGGCUAGGACGCGAGAAAUGCCCAACACGUCGUCUCCAUCGUCCGCUUCUAGCCCGAAUGGUGCUCCAGUGAAGGAUUGCCAAGUAUCCACUGCGUGUGAACCUGCAGCAGCUGCGCCAGCAACUCCGACUCUUCCCCCAGUGAAGGAGAAGCCCGCUAGGAAGCCGCGGAAAAGCAGAAGUAAAACGGUAAAAGGCGAAAAGGCCGCAGACAACAAGAAAAAAACUACCGAAAAUGGCGAUUCAGCCGCAGUGGCAGUGAGCUCAGUGUCCAACCCCGUACCGAUUGCGACGGCAGUGCAGCCGAAAUCAUCUGUGCAGCCGACCGCUGUGGUCCACGCGACGCCGAUCUCUUCAGUCGUGGGCACGCUUCAAACGCCCAGCUCUUCGCUGAUUGGUCAGCACGUCACGGUUGCGCCGCAAGCAAUGACUAUGCAGGUCGCCCCGGAGAUGAUGGCCGUUGACGGCAGCAAGCCGUUUGGCCAUGCAAUAAUGGCACCGGCCAUGGCACCCACUAGGUUUGCAAUUGCCCCUGGUGGUGCUCACUACCCUAUGGCCAUAGCUCCGCAGUUCUUCGCGUCGCCCCAGCAGAUCUAUGCGCCGGCAACCAUGGCGAUACCGACUCCGAUCGGCACUCUCACAAGCCAGCCGGACCAGCGGUUACUCGCAUCCAAUGCGCUGCCAGGACUGGAAGACGCCUCGCUCCUGUUCCGCGGAAAGCACAAGGCGUCCGAUCGCGGUGGAAGCCCUGACAUGGAGCGAGCUCUGGACAUUGUGAGCGAGCGAGAUGAGGACGGAGACACGUGCCUCCACAUAGCCGUUGUUCACGGCGACGUACGGGUAACGCGACAGCUUCUGGAGACCAUCGUGGCGACGAAAACCAGUGUUGAUCCGCGGAACAAUCUUUACCAGACACCACUCCACCUUGCAGUCAUCACCAGUCAACGCCACAUCGUCAAAGACCUAAUCCUGGCCGGAGCAGAUGUGAACCUUCAGGACCGUAACGGGCGGACUGCAGCGCACCUGUGCUGCAAGUAUCACAGUCGCGACUGCCUGAGAGAGCUCUUCACCGUGCAAGACGAGAAAGUGGCCAAACACUUCAGCGUGACCAUUCACAAGCUGGAUAUGUCGAUAAAGGAUUACGAAGGGUUUGCACCGAUACACUGCAGUGUUAUCCACAAUGACGGGCAGUCACUGAACAUCUUACUGGACCAUGGUGCAGAUAUUGACGAGAAGGAUGGCACUGCCGGCAGAACAGCACUGCACCAUGCCGUGGAGCUACAGCACCUGCCCAUCUCGCGCUACCUAGUCGAUGCGGGCGCCAACGUGAAUGCUGUCAACUAUGCUGGAAACUCGCCCAUCCACACCGCUGCCGGACGUGAGCACAAGGAGUUAGUGAAUAUACUGAUGAACGGUGCUGCUGACCCGACGAUUAUCAACGGAGAGGGCGACACUGCCAAGGAUAUAUGCCGAGAUAAAGAGAUCAAGCGUCUCAUGAACAGGAAAUGGGACAAGCCUUGAAGCGCAGAAGCUACUCGAUCGGUACACUUGCUUGCGAGUCUACACUCUAUUGGCCCGUUAGUUUCGUAGUUGCUCCUGUUUUGUUUUGUUCUUCAUCUUGUUCGCCACAAGGGCAAUCGCUUAACCGGCUGCUGUCACAGAUGUGAAGUCAUUGCGCCCGUCUUUUUCGAUGAUAACAGCUAGACAAUCCUACUCAUGAUCCAAAACGCCAUACUGGUGUUGGCUCAGGUUUUUCUGCUGGUAGUUCUGCUACACUAUCACCGCCACUUUUCUAACUCACAGUUGCUCAUCAGCAAUGUUAGGUAGUGGCUGACCAGUGGUGUUAGCUUUUUCGUGACCGCCACACGGUGGUGGCUGAUGUGGGGUCGGUCUUCCAGUCUCUGACUGUCUCUGGUCGCGUAACUAGUUAUGGCUGAUGGCGGGUCCCUCUUCCUGUCUUGAGUGGUCUACUGGCAACACAUAGGCCUGCGGUGGCCUUGAUCCUCAAGUUUGUAACCAAUGUCGUCGUAAGUUUGCACGUUUGAAAGAGUUUAUCGCGAAUCUGCCUAAAACAGCCGCGAAAACAAUUGAUUUUCUUUUACUGAUCUGUGUGAGAGAACACAGUACUUCUUUGGCGUAACUGUUUUUGUUUCUGUCGUCUGCUGUGGGAAAUUAUCUGUUGAAUUUUGUGAGUGACAUCCCAAAAUUCAGUGCAUGGCCGAGAUCAUCACGGGCCAGUCGUAAUAUUAUAACUCCGGCUUAUUAUUCUUAUGGAAUACAUUCACCCUACCGAGUAAUAUUCUUCAAAUUUCCCAGCAGGGAUUUGUGGAAGAUGUGCUGUCUUCUUGCCAUCAUCGGAUAAGCCGUCGUGUCUGAUUGGAGCUGUCUGGAGUGUGUUACUUA